AUGGGCAAGAAGAGCAAGAAGGAGAAGAAGGGCCGUGGGGCCGAGAAGACGGCGGCCAAGAUGGAGAAGAAGGUGUCCAAGCGCGCGCGCAAGGAGGAGGAAGACCUCGAGGCUCUGAUAGCCCAGUUCCAGAUGCUAGACGCCAGAAAGACUCAGGUGGUAGAGACACUGUGUCCCCCACCUUCUCCCAGGUUGAACGCGUCGCUCUCCGCUCACCCCGAAAAAGACGAGUUGAUCCUUUUCGGAGGUGAAUAUUUCAAUGGCAAAAAAACAUUUUUGUACAACGAGCUGUACACCUACAACAUCAGGAAGGACACGUGGACGAGGGUGGAAAUCCCUGGCCCUCCCCCCCGGCGCUGCGCUCACCAGGCCGUGGUGGUGCCUCAGGGCGGUGGGCAGCUGUGGGUAUUUGGAGGGGAGUUUGCCUCUCCCAACGGGGAGCAGUUCUACCACUACAAGGACCUCUGGGUGCUGCACUUGGCCACCAAGACCUGGGAACAGAUCAGGUCCACAGGGGGCCCCUCGGGUCGGAGUGGACACCGCAUGGUCGCCUGGAAGCGACUGCUGGUUGUCUUUGGCGGCUUCCAUGAAAGUACAAGAGACUACAUUUAUUACAACGAUGUGCACAUCUUUAACCUGGACACCUUCACGUGGACCAAGCUGUCGCCCUCGGGGAUGGGCCCCAGCCCCAGGUCAGGCUGCCUGAUGUCGGUCAGCACCCAGGGUGGCAUCGUCAUCUACGGAGGCUACUCGAAGCAGAGGGUCAAGAAGGACGUGGACAGGGGCACUCUGCACUCGGACAUGUUUCUGCUGAAGCCCGAGGACGGGAAGGAAGGCAGGUGGACCUGGACGAAGAUUCACUCCUCAGGCGUCAAGCCCACCCCGAGAUCUGGCUUCUCAGUGGCCAUGGCCCCGAAUCAGCACAUGCUGCUGUUCGGGGGGGUAUGUGACGAGGAGGAGGAGGAGAGCCUGGAGGGCGAGUUCUUCAGUGACCUGUACUUGUACGACUCAGCCAAGAACCGCUGGUUUGCAGGGCAGCUCAAGGAGCCCAAGGCGGAUAAGAGGAAGCGACGAAGGCGUGGCAGGAGGGAGGAGUCCCCGGGCGAGGAAGACACCCCAGGAAAGGAGCCUGGCCCCCCAGAGCCCCGGGAGGUGGUCCGUCAGGUGACCACGGAGGAUGGCACAGUUGUCACCAUCAGACAGAUGCUCCCUGCUGUGGGCGGGGUGGGCAGACCGGCGUGCGCAGACAAGGAUGUGGACGUGGAAGAGGACGGGCCUCCCGUGGUCGCCCCGUGUCCUCGCUGCAGCGCCAUGCUGGCCGUGAAGCAUGGGCAGCUGUACGUCUACGGGGGCAUGUUCGAGGCGGGAGACCGGCAGUUCACCCUCAGCGACCUCUACCGCCUGGACCUGCAGAAGAUGGAUGGCUGGCAAGCCCUGGUGGAGAUGGACCCGAGGGCUCAGGAGUGGCUGGAGGAGAGCGACUCAGAGGAGGAUGAAGAGGAAGAGGAGGGCACGGAACAGGAGAGCAGUGAGGAGGACGCAGAUGAGGUGUCCCCACCGGUGGAACAUGCAGAGAGCUUUGAGGACUAUGUGUCCAGGACCGAGGCCCACUGGACAGCACGUGCCCGGGAGGGCCUGGGCCCCAACGCCAAGGACAAGAAGGUGCUGAGGGCUGCUCACACGAUGGCCAGGACGUUUUAUGAAAGCUCGAUGCCAGACACCACCCCAAGACAGCCGUCAGACUGA